AUGGACGAGAGGGUUAAACCGAGCUCCUCUGCUUUCGAGAGGAGACCGGAUUUCUCGACAGAGCUGAGGACCUUUUGCUUUUCGAGCUUCUUGAAAACGUCGACUUCGAAAAAGGGCAAAUUGGGCAAAGCAGUAAAGUACCUUCUUUUUGGACGCCAUGGCCAAAAACCUCGGGGCAUCAUCACCGGCGGGGAACAAGCGACUGAAGCCGUGUCGGAUUGGCGAGUUUUUCCGGUAGCUGCUGGCGGCGGCACUCGUCGCCCCUGCCAUUUGGGAAUUGUGAGCUUCAAGAGUUUCAAAGGCGCUGCUUAUCCUAUCAGGAAUCAGAUGGAGAAUUUUUGUGAUAAAAAAAAUUAG